AUGGCCGCCGUGACCACUUCUCCCGCUGCGCCGGUGCAGCUCUUUGCCUCGUCCUCCGCUUGCCCUUGCUUGUCUUCCGGCUCCUCUUUUAUCGUCGUGUACGCUCGCAGGCGCCGCUUUCCAUGCCGGUCCGUCGUCGCCGCCACCUCUCCGCUGGUGUUGGCUGACGCCAAGGUCGAACCGCUCCUGAAGCAGGAGCGGACCGCCAUUCGCCUCGGCCUGCCCAGCAAGGGGCGGAUGGCUGAGGAGACGCUAGGACUCCUGAAGGUGCUCCUCUUCUAGUGACGACGUGUUUUGGUACCCUUCCCAUUGUCUUCGAUGCUAACUACUCUCGUCUCGUACAGAAUUGCCAACUGUCAGUGAGGCAGUUGAAUCCUCGACAGUACGUGGCAGACAUUCCGCAGGUACUUCUAAUAAUCUCAUGUGUCUUCAAGUUUUCAUUUUAUAGCCAGUUUAAUUCUACGAAAACACUGGCUCAUUGUUUUCGUAUUCAUACAAUCCGAUUUGGGGGAAAUGAAAAGCUUAACGUCCACCCUUCCGUUUCCUGAAACUUCUGCAAAACAGUCUGUAAUAUAUCUUACUUUAACGUGUUCCCAUCGGUUUCUUUUGAAUAUUUUAAAGAAAAGAGCACCGACUGACUACAUUGGCGAAUACAAAUAUUUUCCCAAAUAGUCCACAGACAAGAAGUCGCACCAAUGCAUAAUUUUUAUUUUUAACCCCAAUAGAAAUAUUGUGUAGUGUAAUUUGGCCAGGAAUAUUUCUACAAGUGCAUCCCCGAAGAGCAAUAUCUCAAUGAAGAAAUUUGACGAGUAGGUUUUACGAUGCCAGUGCAUGAGAUAAACCUAGGUCACAUCAUGAGGGAAUUUGGAAUUCGUAGGAUAGUUUCUCUGUUUUAUAGACGAAGGCUGUAUUCACAUACAUCAUUUAUUUAAGAAAACGAUACUAUAAUUUUCCUUCAAAUAAUAAAUUAUUAAACAUAAGGAACAUCCAGAGGUAGCUAAUGGAGGAGUAAAUGAGGUUCAAGUGGAUUGGCCUUCACUGAAAUUGCAUGAAUUCGCCAUAGGAAUCUUCUUGGAGUUGUGUUCCAAACUUGGGAAGAUUACCGUUUAGCAUAGUUGUUACUGAUGUUGCAAUACGUGUUCCUGUAACGUAAAUAAGAGAUGCCUCUGGAUGGCUUUGCGCUGUCCUUUUAUUCACCGUAUGUAGUUCUCCCUAAACAUUUUGGAUGUGCAGCUGUUCACAUCGAAUGACUCUUGUGGCUGUGUUGUUGAAUACUUGAUCACACUGCAGCAAGGAUUUGUUGUCGUCUUGCAUAUACGCUUUAUCUGUAUUGGCUAUCCUAUUGGUUCCGUAAUUGCAUUUUGAAGUGAUUCAUAUGGCCUACCACCACUGUAUUAGUAAAGAUGAAAGGCCAAGCAACCAUGUGAUCUUAUCGGUUCUGUCGCACAAGACCAAAUAUUCCCAGAACAUAAAAGAGGCCGAUCAGAAAAUAUUUUAAAAAGCGGUGUGAACCUUCUGAGAAUCUUAUCUUUGAAAAUGUUUUCUGCGAAUUUCCCAAGUUUGCAGUAAAACAUUGUAGAAAAGUGUGAGACCUUUCGAUGAACUUAGAAAUAAUGCCUUUAAUGGAGAGUCUGAAGAAGGGAGAUAACUAAAGUUUUCCCCCAUGAAUUCCUUACUGUUGGGUACUGGUGAUGUCCAAAUUCUGUACGAAACCGUUGACAUUAUGUACUUUACCCAUUGAAUCUAUGAAAACUUGUUGAUAAUCUGGCAAUGAAGGUAGAUAAAUCCAAAGUCCAUAAGACGGCCAAUAGAUUAUAAAGUACGAUAAUGGUCAGUGGCUGGCAGACACCAUAUUGUCACAUUUUUUUCUUUUAUGCAGUAUUUUUAUAUUUGUGAUGUCAUUGUAAUUAGAGGAUUCUGAUUCUUGUUUCUGAUGCAGCUUGCAAACUUGGAGGUUUGGUUUCAGAGGCCGAAAGAUAUUGUUCGUAAAAUUGUUUCAGGUGAUCUGGACCUCGGAAUUGUUGGUCUUGAUACUGUCAGCGAGUAUGGCCAGGUUUGCAUGUAGGGUGCUGGUUUUUGAAACUUAUUUUUGACAGAAGAGGCUGGAUGUUGGGCUAUUAUAAGACAGAAAUGCUGCAUAUCGCUCAAAAGGGACAUCAUCAUCAUUUUCCGUUCCCUAAUUUGGUUCUCUGGUAGCUUUCGUAUUGGUCUUUCUGCUAUGCGACCUUUAUCUCUGUCUGUACCUAAUAUAAAAUUCAGGUCUGUGGGGCAAGAAAAUCCAAGGGACGUAAAUAUAUAGACUAACUUUCUUGUGGUAAACAGAUGAAAAUUGCAUGCAGUUGAUUUAAUUUCCUCCAUGCCGUUCUAUUCUGAAGGUUCUCUCACUGAUUCUAGAACCAGCAUCACGUUGUUUCUUCUGCGGCAAACUCCACGGGCCUUCUGGUAGGACGGAACUCUGUUGAGGUGGGUGGGACGCCAUGGGCAGAUGAUCACCUCUGCAUGGCUUGCGGCUUUGGGAGAAAUGGGCAUUGUAAACGUGGAGAUCAAUCUGUGAAUAUAGGGUUCGUUAUACUGCAUUAAUCUAAGGUUAGGUUGAUAUCAGAUAAACAUAAAUGUUUGGUAGGUGCGGUGACCAAUGAGAAAUUUUAUUACAUCAAAUGUGAAAUAUUUCUCUUGUAAUUAAUAAUUCUGUGUGAAGGUUUCUCAUCUAAACAUAGUUUUGUGUUAACACCACUGGUGUUUAAAUGUGGCUCAACUGGUUUGAGUGUCCACUUAUUUCUAGUUAAUGCAACUCGCUUUUUUUUUCCGAAUCAGAUUUUUCUUAAAAGAGUGAUUUAACAUUUUCCUGUACUUAUGGGAUUUUCCUGCCAGGAUAACGAAGAUUUAGUCUUAGUUCAUGAUGAACUGCAAUAUGGAGAUUGCCGUCUGUCCAUUGCUGUAAGGCUUUUGAAGCAUGGUUAAUUGUUUUUUAUUUCGCAAAUGGUAAAAAAAAGUUGGCUUGUUACUGAGAUGCGUUACUAUUGCUGAUAUUGUUGAUUUCUGACACAGAUUCCGAAAUAUGGGAUAUUUGAAAACGUUAACUCCCUGGAAGAGCUUGCAAAAAUGCCUCAAUGGACCAAAGACAGGCCUCUACGAAUCGCUACCGGAUUCACCUAUGUAUAUUACUUCAACCUUUUUCUUUUUCUACUAAUUUGAUUAUUUUGUUCCUAAUGUAACUCGGUUGAUAUCCUCUAGCUUGGACCUAAAUUUAUGAAAGAUAACGGCCUGGAGCAUGUCAGUUUCUCGACUGCUGAUGGAGCACUUGAGGCUGCCCCUGCAGUAAGAAUCUCAUUAUCGUUAGAUAAAUCAAGUUGCUGAUGGUAUCCUCUAUUGGUUUCUUUUCAAAUCUUAUAUGACUGAACAACUAAUUUCUUAUUUACUAUUUUUUCCUGGUACCUAUUUUCUUCCUUGCUUUCUCGUUUACUAUUUGCUUGUAUCGUUAGAUAAUUUUAUCAUCAAAUCUGACAUCAUUCUUGAAUUUUUGUUUCGGAAUGUGGCCAUACUUUAGUUGUCAAGGUUCCCUUAUCCAGAUUUAUGUCCUUUUCUUCUGUUGAGAUGCAACAAGAACUACUGUUGUGAUAAGCUUAUCCAGGCAACCUAUUCAUGUAGCUGAACUCCAAGUCGGGUGAUCAUUGCUUCCCUAGGAAAAAAUUUGAAACUUUUCUAGGUUUCUGAAUAAUUUUUUCAUAAUUAUUUUGUGUUUUAGAUGGAUAUAUUAGCGGCACACCUUGGACUGUUGACAUCACGUCUGUUAGGGGUUGGGUCACAAUUCUGUGAGCGCUCUGUCAUCAAGAUGCAUUAGUUGCUCGUACACCUCUUGUAAGAGACAUUCCAUAAGAUUGGAGGUGUAUGCUGAAAUAAUUUUCCACUUGCAAACUUCUUGAACUUAUUACGGAUACUUGUCUUCUUACCUUUUGACUCGUCUUCUUCUCGGCCAUGAUAUCUGGGUUGUGAGGACCUCUUGUCAUGCUUGGCCAAUUUCCUCCUUAUCUGCGACAAAAAAAAUAUAUUUUUUGUAAAAUAGCUAUAACUGUCUACACUUGACGAGUGAUCAUAGAAAUGGUCCUGUGAUUUUACGUGUUCUCUAAAUAAUCACUUGUGUCUUGCAAGUGUGUCUUUACCUCUUUCGUGUUCUCUAAGUCUGAUGAUGUCGUAUUUGAUUCCAUUUUUAUGGAGCCUGGAGGAAACCAUGAUAUACAUAGAUAAGGUCCCAAUCAUUUUUCAUCCAGAAGGAUGAUUGUUGAGUGCAGAGGGUAAAUUUACCCUUUGGUCACUCCUUUUAUAAGAGGCUCUGGCAUUUUGUUUUGUGAAAUGUAACGAGUUUCCAUGAAUGCUCCCCCCUGUUUUUCUCAGAUGGGCAUAUCCGAUGCCAUUCUAGACCUCGUAAGCAGUGGGACAACCUUGCGCGAGAACAAUCUGAAAGAAAUCGAAGGUGGAAUCGUCUUACGGAGCCAGGCAAAAAUUCUCACUCCUUUCCCCUUCCAAGAUCCUAUCCUACAACCAGCCUAGUCGGCUGUUACGUUUGAUUUUACCUACCUUUGUAUCUAUGGGAACUACACUUCCAGGCUGUUCUAGUUGCGAGUAAGAAGUCCAUGAUCCAGCGGAACGGUGUGCUGGAUACGACUCAUGAGAUACUAGAACGAUUUGAGGCUCAUCUUAGGGCUGCCGGGCAGUUUACGGUAUGAAAGAUAUAGUAUGUACUCUCUUUUUCAUGUUCGUUCUGUCACACGGGGGUGAUGGCGCCUUGUUUCAUCGAAUAACUGCAGGUUACAGCGAACAUGAGAGGCAGUAGUGCUCUACAAGUGGCAGAAAGAAUUCUCAGCCAGUCGUCGUUAGCAGGACUGCAGGUAAGACUCUUGAAACCCACCCUAGGAAACUGAAAAAUUACGGGAUAACAGUGAAUUCCGAGGCUCAACUCUUCAAAAGCUGUGAUGUUGGAUCCAUAGAUUCUUCUCUUGACCCGUUUGUGUGAUUAUGGUGGUGGUUGAGAUGGAUGAUCGCCAAUCUCUAGUGAGAUUUUUUGAGCAUGUAUACUUAUAAAUCAUUAAAUGAAACAUUCAAAGAGUCGAAGAUCUUCCCCACUGAACAAAAGGGGAGAAAAUAAUCUGUGAAAAACAAUCGUAGCCUUCAUACUCAACCACAGGAGAUUGCUUCUGGGAUAAAAUAUAGGGCCAUUUGUACAAUUUCAUGGGUUAGCGUAUCUUUCUUGAGCAAACUCUCUCGACUAUGUUCUCACAUGGUCUCCUUUCUAAAAUUUAAUUUGCUUAUUUUCUCGCUUCUUCCCACCAGAAAAUGAGCAAUCUUUAAGCUUAUUUUUGGACAUCUAUGCAUCUCCGUCACUUCCCGAAAUGCAUGCAGGGCCCAACAGUGAGCCCCGUCUUCUGCAAGAGAGACGGGAAGGUGAUGGUGGACUACUACGCGAUUGUCAUAUGUGUCCCCCGGAAGGAACUCUACAAAUCAGUUCAGCAGCUCAGAGCAGUAAAAACCCAUCCCCCCUUUCUCUCUCUCUCUCUCUCUCUCUCUCUCUCUCUCUCUCUCUCUCUGCCCUUCCAUGGAACCAUAAACUGAUGUGAUGGUCAACAGAUUCUGGGGAAGUUAUUUCUUUAUUUAUUUUAAUCUCCGCCUUCAAAUUCAGAUGUUCUUCUGUGGUUCACAGGUCGGCGGCAGCGGGGUGUUGGUCUCCAACCUCACGUACAUCUUCGAGGAGGAGACGCCCAGAUGGCGCAGUCUCCUAUUGCAGCUCGGCCUCUGA